UUCAGCGACUUUGACCGCAUAAGAAACGCUGGAAACACGGAUUUAUUAAUUUCGUGUCGAUCUGUGAGGACCUGAGUUUCAAUUUCGAUUUGAAGUAAAUUCAGCAUUUCAUCUAACAAAGUAGAAUGGAGAUCUACGGUCUUGUGACUGAGAAAAAUGAACCAGUGCCUCUGAAGAGCAUCUCAGUGGAGCUUCUGGUUCAGGAUCAUGUAGCCACAGUCUCCUCCACUCUGCAGUAUGUGAAUGAGGAAGAGCGCCCCCUGGAGGUCUUGUUCGUCUUCCCUCUGCCUGCUGAUGCUGCUGUCUGCCACUUCAGUGCCAAGAUCGGAGAGCAGGAGAUUGUGGCAGAGGUGCAGGACAGAGAAACCGCGAGGGAUCGGUAUGAUGACGCUGUGAGUUCAGGUCAGCAGGCGUUUCUGUUGGAAGAGAGCGCAGAGAGUCCUGAUGUGUUCAGACUGAGUGUCGGGUGUCUGUCGGCGGGUCAGAACGCUGCUGUCACCAUCAUCUACGUCACCGAGCUCACUGUGCAGGACGACCACUCGCUGCGCUUCUGUCUGCCGGCUGUACUCAACCCCCGAUACACACCAGCAGGUUCUGCUGCUGGUAUAGUCUCAGAGAUUUCAUCAGGAGCUGUUCCCUACACGCUGACUCUCAGUGUUCAUGUGAGCUCUCCAAAGCCCAUCUCCAAACUAGAGUCCAACUGCACUCUGAAUCCUUUGGUGUUCCUCCACUCUGAUCACACUCAGGCCACGGUGAAUCUGAGUCCUGGUCACAUGUUUGAUAAGGACGUUGAGCUGUUUGUGUACUAUCAGGAUACCCAUCAGCCCUCUGCUGUAGUGGAGGCAGGAGUGAACACUGCCCUGCCAGGUUCUCUGAUGAGGGAUACAGUGGUUAUGAUAAGUUUGUACCCAGAGUUCCCAGAGGAAGUGAUGUCAUCAUUGGCAUCUCGAGGCGAGUUUGUUUUUGUGAUUGACAGAUCAGGCAGUAUGGGAGACAUGAUGCAUCAAGGGAAAGAAGCACAGAAUCGAAUUGAAAGCGCAAAGGACACUCUGCUGUUACUGUUGAAGAGUCUGCCCAUGGGAUGCUACUUCAAUAUCUAUGGAUUUGGCUCUGAUUUUGAGUCUUUCUUCCCUCAGAGUGUUGAAUACAAUCAGGACACAAUGGAUCAGGCUCUGAAGAGAGUGAAUGAAAUGAAAGCAGACAUGGGCGGCACAGAGAUAUUACAGCCUCUAAAACACAUCUACAGUCAGCCCUGUUACCCUGAUCACCCCAGACAGCUGUUCAUCUUCACUGAUGGAGAAGUGUUUAACACUAAAGAGGUGCUGGAUCUGGUGAAAAGUCAUGCUCACUCUCACAGGUGUUUCUCAUUCGGGAUUGGUGAGGGUGCGAGUGCCGCCCUCAUCACAGGAAUGGCCAGAGAGGGAUCUGGUCACGCUCAGUUCAUCACAGACACCGACCGCAUGCAGCCCAAAGUGAUGCAGUCGCUCAGGUUUGCUCUGCAGCCCGCUGUGCUUAAUAUCUCUGUGGAUUGGACCCUUCCAGAUGAUGUUACUGUUGACACACUGUCUCCACCCAUCAAUGUGCUCUUCCAGGGUCAAAGGACACUCAUUUAUGCCCAGCUUAAAGGAGAGAGUUCAGGAGGCUCUGAGGGAACAGUGACAGUCAAAUACAGUCUUGAAGAUCAACCAGUUACAAACCAGCUCCACUUCUGCCUCAAACCAACUGAAGAAACACAGUUGUCUAUUCACCGGCUGGCGGCUCGGACCCUGAUCCGUUCUCUGGAGCAGAAGGAGAGGUCUGGAGCUGCAGAUGUUGAGGGCAUCAGGAGCAGGAUGGUGGAGCUCAGUGUUCAGGCAGGAGUCAGCUGUGUUCAUACAGCCUUCAUUGCUGUGAAUAAAGACAGCAGACAGACUGUGAAAGGACCCCUGCUGCAGAGAAGAGUGCCAACAUACGAUUCCUCUUCAGAAAUUGACAUGAUGCAAGUAAAUUAUGAUCACAUAGCACCCCGUGAGUUUCGUUUAUCAUCAUCAAGGCAUUGCGUUGCAGAUGAACAAUCAUUUCACUGCUCAAAGAUGAUGUCGUUCACAGUCUUCAAAAUGUCUAAUCGGGUAACAGCAGUGACUGCACCUGAACAGAAGAUCGGAUUCAUGACAAAGAUCCAGAAUUUUUUCCGCCGUGGUUCUAAGACUGCGACUGCCAUGUCUGAACAAACAGACUCUGAAAUCAAAAUUGAUGCUGCUCCUGAGCUCCAGAAGGACCUGUUACUGCAGCUGGUUUCUCUCCAAAAGGCGUCCAGCUGCUGGGAUCUGGACUCCACACUGGCUGAUGUGUUUGGGAAGACGGAGGAUGAGCUGACCAAUCAGAAACCAGCACAGGUGGAUGGGUCAGUAUGGGCCACUCUCCUGGCUCUGAUCUGGUUAUACGGCUGUAAAAUAGAGCAGCAGGUGGAGUGGCAGUUUGUGGCCUCAUCAAGAGACGUUUCAGCAGAUAUCUUCAGUUCUUCAGUGGGAGAUCUGUCUCAGUGUGUGUGUGAGGGGAAUGUCCUGCUCGGAUGUCAGGUGACCAAAGAGACUCUGGGAAUCUGAAGAUAUCACUGUUUCUACAUCCUGAUCCAUUUAACUGCCAAAGACAUAUGUAUGCACAUAUGUGAAUUAUAUUAAUAAGAUUACUCCAUAGCUUUUCUAACUGCAUCAACAACAGAGCCAAACUGAUAAAACAGCACGUGUGCCAAGCCAGAAGUUUUUUGCCAGCAAAAAGCUGCUGAUCUACAAAUAUCUCUUUAACAAUAUAUUUGUUUACUUCAUAAAUCAUCAGUAUGAAUGUUUAUAGCUUUCAUUGUUUGCCAUAUGAAUAUUUGUUUUCUUAAAAUGUCAAAAAUUGAACAAAAAGUGCAUUAAAAAUCUGUAAUUUAGAUUGAUAAGAGUUUUGCAAAUAAUUGUAAAUAGGUUAAUUGCAGUUACAGUGUUUAUAUUAUCAAAUAGGUUGUAUUUGGAUGGAUUUACUCUAUAUUUUUGUUUGUAGCAUUAUUCUUUUGAUUUCAUAGCUUCUAUUUGUGAUUUUGCUCUAACACUGGCCACUUUUUUAGUAUUCCACAUGGAAUUUAAUUGGC